UAUGAGAACGCUGUUCGCGGCUGUGCGCCAAAUGAGUAAUUUUGUGAAUGAAUAAACUGCGUAAAUAAAAACAGAUGUGAGCUGCAUCAACUGUGACAAGUGUCUCAAUCAUCGCCGACCGGAAGGACUCUGCAAGAUGUCAUUACCUACCAUUAUCCGCCUACGCCAUCCUCAGAGUUGGUACUUGGUUCGAGUUCGGCUCGAGCCCUCACAGUAAACUUUUGAAACCUUAUAUAGAGUGAUCAGUGGUAAUUGUAAAGUAUAUAAAAACAGUGGUUCAAGAAAUAUGGUCACAGGUCAAACAUUACAAAAACUGCGGGAGGUGGAUCCAAAUGAUAGCGAUGCAGUCAAAGAAGCGAUAUCUGGGUUCAUUCAGGAUUUGCUCAAACAUACCUCAGUAAAUAGUAACUCCUGGCUGCGUACCGUCGACGAUGUAAUCAACCGGUUCCCAAGACAUUGUGCUCAGCACCGAAAUACAAUAGAAAAGUUUUUGGUGCAUUUCCUGGAUUCAUCAAGCUAUUUUAAUGUGAUUGAAGCAGCUAAAUGUGCCCAUAGCUUACAGCAAAUCCGCCCAUCUCAGGAUAAGAUGGCUACGCCUAAGAACUGCUGGCGAGAACAAAUGUUCCUACUUUGUAAUACAGCUCACAAUCUAAUUGAAGCCAUAUUUUCUAAUACUGUAGCCAUCUACAAAAACAACAAUGUUGUGAAGAAAAGUGGUUCUGAACUGUUAGGCAACACCCCACUUACAACAGCAUUCUCCCGCAUCCUAAAUGUUGAGAAACACAGCACGGGAGACACGAAGAGGGCAGGUCUUGUUAACAAGCUCAGAAACAUCCUGGUUUUCAUACAGGCUAUGCUUGUGGAGGUAUACCCAGUUGGCAAACCAAUCCAACCUCAACUUAUUCUAGAACUAAUAGUGCCAGCAUUAAAUCUAUCUAGCAGUGCCAACACUGAUCCUGCUGAGGCAUCCAUUGUGAAGAUACAAGCGCUUCGGACUUUGGAUGCAUUGAUAGCAUGCCUCGGGAAAAAUCUGAUUCCGUUUUCAGCUCUAGUCAUUAGAAUUGUAAUGCAGACUCUCAGAUGGAGUAUUGAGCAUAAUAAUGAAGAAUCCAGGAAGGUCCGUUGCGCGGCCUACAAGAGUCUGUCCCUGUGGCUGAGCACGCUGCACGCGCACUGCGUGACCAGCGACGGCCGCGACCGCUGCUGGGAGGACGAGCUCUCCGCAAUCAUAGCUGCUGAUAUCACUACACCUAAAAAAAUUGUUCAGCUUACUAUGAACAAGAUACCUACUAAAAAUUUAAGCAAGAAAGCUAAGAGGAAGCUAGCUAACCAACAGCUAGAUCAGAGUGCCCUAACCAAGUAUGCGCCGGGCGAAAAGAAUAAAGAAGAAAUGCCAUCAGAACAGCGCGAAGAAAUAGCGAUAGCAGCUCUCGAAUGUGCAGAGAUGUUCCUUACGGUUUGCGGAAUAUUCCUAAAGCAAAGCACUCAUAAGUUGUUCCACGAGCGCCUGGUCCGCGAGUGCUUCAGCGCGGAGCGCGCGAGGCCGCGCGUGCUGCUGCGGCAGCUGCGCGCGCUGGGCGCGGCGCGCCGCCACCCGCCGCCGCAGCUGGCGCCGCCCACGCACUACUGUCUGCAGCUCUACACCAUGCUGCUCAACCACACGGACGCCCAGAUCAGGAAAUUCUGCUCCCAAGCUCUUCUGGACAUUAGACUACAGCUGCACUGCUCGCCGCCUUCCCUCAACUUCGCUUUAGAAGUCUCAUCGGAAACUAGGCAACCGAAAAACAAAUUACAGGCGGCCUCGAAAAAGAACAGGGCGGCGCUUAUUAAGUUAUUGGGCGCAGAUAAGGUACCACCACCACCAAGCGAUGAAGAAGAGGAGGAAUCAGCUGGAGAAGGACCAAGCACUAAGAAACGGCGUCUCACGGUAGAUGAACCUGAUACCAGGAUUAGCAUCAGCAGCGACUCAACCGAAAGUUCCGUAGUCAUCUCAGAUGACUCAGGAAGCGAAAUAGAAGAAGUCGUAGAAGUUAAUAAUACAGAGGAUAACGACGUAGUAAUGCUGCCGUCGAAAACAGAAACUCCAAGAGCAGACUCCGCUUCAAACACAGAUAUUACAAUCAGAGACAAACUUAAACAACCCGCACAAAUGGUAUUAUUGAUUGUACCUGGCAAACCUAAACAGCCUCAAAGAGCAACAUCCGACGUGCCUAUACCAGAUGAACAGUCUACAUCACAAACACCCAAACCAGCUGAAAAUGCUUCACCCUCUACACCUAAACCAGCCGAAAAAGCUACAUCUGUUGGGGCCAAACUAGCUGUACUUGCUUCACCCAGUAAACCCAUAUCAGUUGAACAAGCAUCACCCAAUAAACUCAACUCAAAAGACAAACCAGCUCAAAUGCCUACACCCAGAAAAAGUAAACUAGGUGUAAUGGCUUCACCAUCCAAAUUUAAAACAAUUGAUAUAACUUCGACUACAGUAUCCAACUCAACAGACAUCCAUGAAGUGGAAACGCAAGUUGCACUAAACACCUCAACUGACACCACAGAUGGAGAGAAGAGCCCAGCGCGGUCCAUGGAAGUAGCCUACGAUCUCCCACGGACACCUAAAAAGGUUACAUUCCCUGAACUAGCUGCUGAUGAUAACCUUCCAUCUACUAGCGAAUCUGAUGACGUGCAAAUAACUUGCGGACAACCGGUCAAUAGUUCCCCAGAAACUAAAAAAGAAAACUCAGUUAUUACUAAGGAGGUUCCAGUGAUCGUUCCUCCAAUUAAAUCUCCAUCAAAAGCUGUACAAGAAAAAGAUAAAGCCUCUGAGGCCACCAAUGGGACCAAGCAAGUAAAUGGCGAAGGCGAUAAAGAAAAAGCUGAUAUUGAAGUGAAGAUAACAAGCACAGAGGUUUCAGUCGAUGCCAUGAUGGCCGAUUUCGUUGACGAAGUAUGUGAUGACCCAAAAUUAGUGACGUAAGUUUAUUAUAGAUAUUAGCCAAACGUAUUAUAAUAAGAGUAAUCCUUUUCGUGAUAUUAUAAUACAGGACUUUGUCACAGGGUGUAAUAUACAUUGAACCAGGUUUUUAAGUCUGGCAGGUGUAAACAGCAUUAUAGAUAAAAUCAUAAAUUUAAUCGAGAUUCGCGAGAAAUGUUUACAUUGUUUAGUUUAAAGUUUUGGACUGGAUUUUCGGGUGGAAAAGGGUUCAAUGUACUUUACACUCUAUGUUUAAUAGAUGUUGUAGUGUUACCACAUAAUGUGCAUUUUUCUAUUUUCUCAUGAUAAUAUUAUUUGGUAUUAUAAUCUACAAUGUAACCAUUUAAUGACUGCCAUUAUGGUAUAUUAAACAGUAGCUUGUAAAGCUUCAAUCAAUUA